AUUCAUUUUUGCGGUAAUCGACAUUAUACCACAAAUGCUGUCGAUUGAGCUGAACUUGUAUUGAACCCGGAAUAUUCCUUUAAAUGGCGUUUUAGACUAUAUUGCAGGCUUAUGUCUCGUUUGGACACCACUGACUUCUUCAGCCAGUCUUUUGUUUAACUAGUAACGUUAUUAAUUUUGUCCUAUGCAGUCUGCACGUUAUCUCUGAGGUGAAACUUCUUGCGCUUCACACCUUUAAUCCACUCCUCUGCGCACCCAUUGGUCCGCGAUCCUUUUAAAGCCCCACUUGAUCUUUGAGGUGGACCAGGACGAAUUCAACAUGUUUCUCGACCAGAUGCUCUCCGAAAUCGAAAUGGGCCCCACAGCAAUGAUGCUCGAGAGCCAACAGGGCCAUUACGCGCCACCUCAGCGGAAUGAGCCGCGCAGGACGGUUCAUUGCCCCGCGUCGGGUCCAUCAAGCCCGGUGUCGGUAGGCUCUGAAUCCAGCUGCUCAAGUCCGGAAGCGAAAUCGGCCGCGGAAACUCGGGUGAGACGCCCUCUAAACGCGUUCAUCAUUUGGACCAAGGAGGAGCGCAGACGCCUUGCGCAGCUGAACCCUGACCUGGAGAACACUGACCUCAGUAAAAUCCUCGGUAAGACAUGGAAGUCCAUGUCUCUGGCAGAGAAGCGUCCCUACAUGCAAGAAGCAGAAAGACUACGAAUCCAGCACACCAUCGACUACCCCAACUACAAAUAUAGGCCCCGUCGGCGAAAGUGCAACAAGCGUAUCAAGACACCUCCAAGCGAGACCACCACCUCUCCAAAUGGCUCCUUUCAUCUCAGCUAUAUGUUCCAAGGUCAAAUCCCACAACAUACGUACAAUCAUCAGCACCCGUACAACCAAAGAAACUCCUAUAAUCUCCCACACAGUGGCUUUGCAUUCCAAAACCACUCUUCAGCAUUCCACAAUGGAGCACCAUCAUCAAAUGGAGAUGUAAUGUUCCCCAGUAAUGCAUCAUUAUAUCUUCAGAAUUCAUCGUCAGUACAUCUACCCCUGGCUGCAUACUCAUUUUCACAGCACGUCGUGCAGCAAAAUGGGGUGGAGCCCCACGAUUGGCGGGGAACAGAGGUGUGCGCAUGUGUGCUUUGUUUGGGUGCACCUUCUCUAGAGUUCUAUCUAGAACAGGUGAGAUCGGACAUGCUGGAUCAGCUUGACCGCAGUGAAUUUGACCAGUACCUCAAUCCAACGCAGCCAGACCACAACAAAGAGUGACCACAAACCUUUAGUUGUCUUUUACUACCUCCAUCCAGAGACUGCACAGACUGAAAACAUUUAAGCUUCUUUAGCUGCUGCCAAUGAAUAAUUCUUACUGUGAGACAGUGGACAGUGAAUGUAUAGAAAGAAAACUGUGUAUUUAUA